AAGACUCACCAGUCCUCUUAGCUUGCAGCACGAAAUGAAGUUUUCGGCGACGGUACGGCUUUCGGUACUCGUGUGGCUCGCGUGCGUUGCUAUCGGUUCGGUGUCUUGUGGAAGGAAGAAAACGGAGGUGGUGUCCGACGAUGGUUCGAGUACAUUUUCCGAGGGAAAGCAUGAGUCCCGUGAAAAGUUCGCUAAGCGUGUGCGCGAUUCGGACAAUCACAUCGCGCACCGGAUGACGCGCUACUUCAAGUUCGGUGGCAUUUUGCAAGCGAUCUCCGAGAAAACUGGCAUCCCACGCACAGAGCUAGUGACCGGUGGUGCUUCCAAGGUGCAAGAUCAAUCCAGCGGCCUGGGCCAGGCCAUCCACGCGGCGCACAUUAUUCGUGUGGGAGCCAUCGAUAGUAGGUUGAAUGCUAAGGAUGCAGCGCUGUACCGGGCACUAAGCACCUUUCUCGGCCACACACAAAACGUUGAUAGAAAGGUGAACGUGUGGCAUGGCGUUGGGGGCGAGAUAGACAGGUUGCAGUCGGAUAACCUGGGCAAGCUGGCGAGUGUUGACUUCCGGGAGGUACUCGAGCCGGAUGAUCACCGAAGCGUAGAGGAACUGAUGGAUCUGUUCGUGAAUGUCAUCGACGCGUACGCAAGGAGCGGCAAACGUAACGAGCAGGAACAAACCCAACUGGAUGAGGACAAAUACACGGUCCAUUUGGCGGAUCCGCUGCUGCUGUUCGAGAACGGAAAGCAGGGCUACGAGAUGGUUAAAAAUGGAGAUUUUGUGCAGCGCUUCGAUAAGUUGUCAAGAAGGGCAGCGUGAUAAACGAAUGGCGCCCCAGUUUCGGUGAUCAAGUUCGCUUGGAAGUAGUACGAUACAAUAUACGAAAGUUUCAACUAAUUUCCGCGUUUUUCGAACGUGUUUCGGAUUUAUAAAUAAAGAAUCAGACGACGCCAA